UUUGACACUUUAUUUGCCCAAAGGCGCAAGCACACAACGUGGGAAUCCUGUCCAGUCGAUCGUCAAAAAAUUCAAAAUUCAAAUUAAAUUUAAAUGCAAAAAGAUCGGUGCAUGUACGAUCCGAAAACCGGAUCAAAUUAAUAUUUCUGAGAGCAGUGGAGGCCUUCCCACUGGGGCAGGCAGGCAUUAAUCAAAACGUCACCAGAUUGGAGACCCCAGACCUCAGAGAUCUCGGAGCAGAUCCCCCAAAAGCUUUUGUUGUCUCGGCUCUGGCUCUGCCUUUGUGACCAAGCGGCGGAAAUAUCAGUCGCGACGAUAGCGAACUGGAGAAUGUGAAGCUUACGGCACGGGAGCGUCGCUUCAUCAAAUUUGCCUCCGUGGAGUUCGACGAUCAGUUGUACAUGACGCCCCAGGACUUCCUAGAGUCUGUCGUAGAACAAGAGCCCAGACCACGUCUGAAGCGCCGACAGCUAUCCAGCGAUGAAGUGGACAAAUACAAGGAAAAUACACCUGCAUUGAAGAAGGGCUCCACGCGUUUGUUUCGCAAUUUGAGAGAUAAGGGCAUUGUCUCCUACACGGAAUACCUCUUCCUGCUCUCUAUACUGACAAAGCCCAAGUCUGGUUUUCGCAUUGCCUUCAACAUGUUCGACACAGACGGCAAUCAGCGCGUGGACAAAGAAGAAUUUCUAGUGAUAGUUUCCAUUUUGGCGGGCGCCUUUAAAGAGAAUCAAAAUGUUGAUCCCCAAACCAAAAGAAUUCUGUCGCGUUUAGUGUCCUAUGACGAGCAAAGAGAGAUGCAGAAUAGCCGUAUGCCCAUGGCCAAGAAGGGUCUUAUGGAGCGCAUUUUCAGCGGCGCUUGGAAGGAGAAGCACGGCGAGCAAGAGUCCCCGGAGCUCGAGCAUGAAGUGCCACCCAUUGAGAAGAACUAUGUCAACGAUGGCGAGGGACUGCAGCGUCGUCAUGUGGUUCCGACCACUUUGCAGCUGCAUUUCUUUGGCAAACGCGGCACUGGCGUCAUCAACUAUGACAAUUUCUAUCGCUUCAUGGACAAUCUGCAAACGGAGGUGCUGGAACUGGAGUUCCAUGAGUUCUCCAAGGGCAACAGCAUCAUCAGUGAGCUGGACUUUGCUAAGAUUCUGUUGCGGUACACAUAUUUGGCCACCGAUGAGUACGAUGUCUUCCUGGAGCGACUGCUAGAGCGUGUCAAAGAUGAAAAGGGCAUAACCUUUCAUGAUUUCCGUGACUUUUGCCACUUUCUCAACAAUUUGGAUGACUUUACAAUUGCCAUGCGAAUGUAUACGCUGGCCGAUCGGGCCAUUUCGAAGGAGGAAUUCUCACGCGCUGUGAAAAUCUGCACGGGCUAUAGCCUCAGUCAGCAUUUGAUUGACACUGUCUUUGCCAUAUUCGAUGCAGAUGGCGAUGGUCUGUUGUCCUACAAGGAGUUCAUUGCCAUCAUGAAGGAUCGCCUGCAUCGCGGCUUCAAAGUAAGUGGUCGUUUCUUUGAUUACAACGAGGCUCUGGAUGCCUAUGACGAGCCCGAUUAUCCCAUAUUUGUGGCCUGGCGCCAUCGCGUCUGCCGGCACUUGGACUACUUCAUUGACAGCGAUGCGCUUUGGCACUAAUUAGCUUAAUUAAAUCACUCGUUUAGUUGCUCGUUGCUGUAUCGUUUUAUAACCGAAUGUCCUGCGCUCUCUCUCUAAUCUCACUGUUGUUGUUACUCAUUUGUUUGUGCUUUCGUUUUGCCUGUAAGCGUUUUUAGCUCUAAGCUUAAUGUUUUUCUUAGUUAAUUCAUAAUCUCUUAACAAAAGCAAGCACAUUUUAUAUUAAUUUUACUUUAAAAUUAGACAUACAAUCAUUAAACUCUGAUUUGCACAAAAAA